UUGGGAAUUAAAUCGUAUAAUUGGGAAUUACCCCCAGAGCCAUUGUGAAGCAGCGGCGGCUGCGGGCAGCCCCUCACGGCCGGGCGGGAAGGGAAGAAGGGCGCGGGGCCGCCGCGCCUGCGCGCUGCGCUCCUCGCGGCGCCGGGGCGGCUGCGCGGGCGCAGAGGCUGCGCUCCCUCAGAGCCGCCGCUGCCUCGGAACCUCCGCGUCCCGCAGCGGCUCCGCCUCGCCGCGAGCCGGCUGCGGGCUGGGACAGGGACAGAGACCGCGGCAGGACGGGCCGGGGCAGCCGGUGACAGGCGCAGGAUGUCGGCCGCGCUCUACGUGCUCUCCACGAUAGGUGGAUACGUCCUCACCUCCGCGCUUCUCCUCAAGUGCCCGGGGCUGCUCCACCGGCCCAAGCGGCAGCGCUUUCGCUGCCGGCACAUCUCGCACCGCGGCGGUGCUGGAGAGAACCUGGAGAACACAAUGGCAGCCUUUCACCACGCGGUUAAUUUGGGGACAGACAUGUUGGAGCUGGAUUGUCACCUGACAAAAGAUGAGCAAGUGGUUGUGUCCCAUGAUGAGAACCUGAAGAGAUCAACAGGAGUUGAUGUCAACAUAUCUGACCUCAAAUACUCGGAACUUCCACCCUAUCUCUGCAAGUUGGAUGUCACCUUCCAGAAAGAAAGUCAGUGUGAGGGGACAGACAAUCGUAUCCCACUCCUGCAAGAGGUGUUUGAGGCAUUUCCAGAAACUCCUGUCAACAUUGACAUCAAAAUGAACAACGACGUGUUGAUCAGAAAGGUCUCAGAGCUGGUGAGCCAGUACAAGAGAGAGCAUCUGACCGUGUGGGGCAACGUCAAUUAUGAGAUUGUGUGCAAGUGUUUCAAGGAGAACUCUGACAUUCCCACCAUCUUCUGUGCCCAGCGUGUCCUCCUGCUCCUUGGCCUGUUCUACACUGGGCUGCUGCCCUUUGUUCCCUUCAAGGAGGAAUUCUUUGAGAUUCCCAUGCCUUCCAUCAUCCUCAAGCUGAAAGAACCAGAGAAGAUGUCAAGAAGCCAGAGAUUUGUUAUCUGGCUGGCUGACACGCUGCUGAUGAGGAAGGCACUGUUUGAUCACCUCACAGCUCGGGGCAUCCAGGUUUACAUUUGGGUACUGAAUGAAGAGGAAGAAUACAAGAGAGCAUUUGAUCUUGGAGCUACUGGAGUGAUGACAGACUAUCCAACAAAACUGAAGGAGUUCUUACAUAAUUACCCAGCAUGAAGGAAGAAAACUGAGAAAGUCCUUCCAGAACAGAUUGUGAGCCAAGGAUUUUCCUCAUUAAAAAAAAUAAUUGGGGGCAGCAUGCACAGAUCAUUUUUGUUGGAAAGGUGUAACUGAUGAUCUGUUACCUUGUUGUCAAGUCACUACCUAAUGUCAAGGUUGUAUAUUUAUUUUAAAACUUUAAUUACAUAGUUUACAUUUGUAAAUAGCUCAUUUAGUAACAGCACACUUCACAAAUGGUGAUGAUUAGGAAGAGAGUUGCCUCAUAAGGUACCUGUAGAUAAUAAGCAUUAUCUUACCUGUCACAAGUGUUCCUAAGCAGCUGUCCAGAUAUGUCAGUUAUUCCAGUUAUAUUCUAGUGAGCAGAAACUGAAGAAUUUCUGAAAGUGUAGCCUGUGUGUUUGCAUUUCUUGUGUUGCUUUUAGAUUUCAGGUAACUUCUAGAGAAAAAAAAAAAAAUAAAGAAAAACAGGCACAGGAGAAAUAGCAAAGCAGACUCUGUGUCUGGCCAGGCAGUGAAGUGUACUCAGUGAAGGUGAUCACUUUUAGCCAAAAUUAACUCAGUACAGAUUUAUUCCAUUAUUCUCACUGACAAGAAUGUUGAACUUGAGUUGGAACUGGAUUUGGACCCUCUGAGGUGAUGGCAACACUGUGACUUGUUGGUCCAGGUCUAAACACAGGAUUUAAACCAGGAUCUGGGUUUGACACCAAGUUCCAGUGCAGGGUCCAGGUUUGCCCCUGGCUCUGGCCUGCCUGUCAUGGCAGUGGCUGGAUUUCCAGGAUGGAAAAUUGCACAUGUUACAGAUUCCACUCACUUUGAAAUAGCCUUUUCACCAUGUCCUAGAAGUCUUUUGCACAUUUGUGGUUCUUGAUGAACAGGAAGAUGUUUUUUAGGGUGAGGGACCAAAGAAGAUUUAAAUUAGGUUGGGAGUUUCAGGGACAAAUGAAAAUGUUCCUAUUAAAUGAAUUCACCCAAAGUAGAUUUUUAUUUGUAUUUAUAAAGGGAGGAAAUGUCAAUCUAGAAUGUGUAUAGACUUUAGCCUUUUCUCUCCACAAAAACCCAUUCAAUAUCCAAGUUUAUGUGCAUGGAUGUGGGAAUAACUGGCAAAAGCCAGGAAACCCCAGGUGUGAUGGAAUGGGGUUAGGCAGGAAGGUGUUUCUAGAAGCUUCCCAUGCUGUUGUGUCCUUGUGAGCAGGAGUUACCCCUGUGUCAGACAGGUUGGAGCCUGCAGUGCCCGUGUGCCUUGGUGUGCUCAUGUCUUGGCUGGGGGUUCAGGGCUGUGAUUAUGGAUUAAUGACACCCAAUGUAUAGAGCUCAGUCACUGAAUCAUCAGAUGCUCUCUCUGAACAAGAGUUUGGGUCCAGCAGUGUCUGUUUCUUGAAGGGAUUUCAUGUGAAAAUAAUAGAUCUUAAUAAUAAACACAGUAGUCAGAUGUGCUUUUACUGCAAGGAGCAGCCACUGUGCUAAAAACUGAUUUUUAAGUCAUUUUUUCCCCCUGGGUAGCUCAGAUUUGGGAGGGUUCUUGUUGCACCCCCCUGGCUGCUGUGCCAUAUUUAUAAUUGUGGAGCGUCUUUGCUGUUCCACUGCCUGUCAGGAGGCUGUGAGAAUGCCAAAUCCAUCUGCAGGGAGAGUGUUUGUUUCUGCACCACAGUUCCUUUCUAAGGAAUAUGUCUGGAUGAAAUGGAAAAAAACUGCUGCAUUUAGGAUUCAAGUGAACAUGUGCUGAUGGGGGCAGAUGAGUUAAUGUUGUCCUUUUGAAUAUCUGCCUGGUGAAGAUGACUGCAGAUUCAAUUUCCUCCUAAUUUAAUCAGCCUUGUUGCUUAUUGAAUGGAAGAGAGGAAAAUGUAACUUCCUAACUGUUCAUGGGGGGAAAAGGAUGAAAUUAUUUAUUAGGUACUAAGCUUUCUGUUUCCCUCUCAGACCAGUUCUGUCUGGUCACAUAAGUGCUAAUAAUCAGUCAAGUCACAGCUCUGCCUGCUUUUUAGAAGCCACAGAAUAGUUAUAGAAAAUGUUCCACAUGCAGCUCAGUAAAUUAAAAAAUGCCACCUUUCUGUCCUAAUCUGGAUUUAUUAGCAGUUUGUAGCUCCAGAUAGGCUUUUAUGCAAUGUGGGUUUUUUUAAACUCAAUUUUAUUGCUAUUGAAUUUCUGACACAUGCACCAAUAUUAAGAUGCAGAUAUAAUUAUGGUUUUAGAGAAUACUGUCAAAAACAUUAAAACUGUCUUGUUUCAGUUAGGAAGAGCUAAGUUUUAAAAUGCCAGUUUUGAUCUCUGACUUUGUCUCAAGUUUCCCUCAACACUCAAUAAAUAAACCAUUUUCCAUUAUUCUAUAUGGAGUGAUAAAACACAGGCACUGAAAACGAUAGUGUUUUAUAUUUAAUUUUAAUAUUUUUGUUAUCUCUCUAGUAGUAGAGAUAGAAAUCUCUGCCUUUUAAAAUUCUCAACACAUUUUUCAACCCUAUUUUAGUCAGACCAGCAGUGUUCUUACAUCUGAUGGAGCUUCUGACUGUGCUGUUUAUACAUUGACCUCUCUUGGAUAAAUCUGCUGCUCAAUAUCUACAAUUGGACUGGGAGGGAAAGGGUCCAGUGCUGGAAAAGCUGCUGGAUUUAUUUUAUUCCUUCACCUCUUGUGGCUUUAGCACAAGAGCUCAGCUUGGAUCUCAUGGCACAGCUGAUGUUCCAUGGGUGAAUGCCAGCACCAGUGCACAGGGCUUGGGCCAUGAUAACUGUUUGUCACAAACACCACGGACUUGGGGUAACUGUAAAACAUUUCUUCCAUCCAAUCCUUGUUUGCAAUAUUCCAGAACUCGCUGGAAUUUUAAACCACUUGUACAGAAAAGCUUUUGUUGAGAACUUGCACAACUGUCCAGGAGGAUGUUCAGUUAAUCUCUCCCUCUGAGGAGAGAUCCUUUUCAGGUACUUUUAACUCUAAAUAUUGUUUUAACACUGUGUUCUCAACCCUGUUGCAGACUGUUUUAUGUAUGAAGGAUGACUGCAUGUAUUUCAUGCACUUUUAAUUUGCAGAAAGUCUCGUGGACCUCUCUAGCUCCAAAGCUAUGCAGUGAUUUUUCUUUUCAUGUGAAGAAGGAUUUGAUGCUUUUGAAAUGUGGCACAUUAAAACAUCUUUGCUCAUAAAA